GUACUGUGUUGCAGAGACGCCAGUUUGGAUUCGUGAUCGCGGGAGCUAGGACGCCCACAUCCAGACAAGCACACCAGCCGAUCUGCUCACAAGACUGACGUCCGCACCGACCCCUCAUUCCUUGACAACAUCCAUUAGCCGAUCCGUCGGAUACCCGAGCCAAAAAGAUGGCUGGAGACCCCAGCCACAAUGUCCACCAGGACUUACUUCCCCAUGUGCACCUGCUAUCAACGUUUCGAUAUGCGACGAUGCCCAGGGUCGACCUGCCUGAAGUAACAAAAUGGCUGUUGCAGGCACCCAAGAUCGCGCGGGACACGGCACCCUUCUACUGGACAUACCUCGACUGCCCUGCCGACGGCUCCAUCUUCUUGACGUGGCAACCGACGUCGCGCCGUGGUACCGAAUUUGCCAGCGAUGGAUAUAUAUGGGCGGGACCUGAGUUGUCAUUCCAGCAUAACGCGGGCAACGGCUUGAUCCUCGACAUCCAUUUCCAGAGAACAGGGUACAGGAUGGGUGAGCAGAUUGCAAUACAUUCGAGACGGCGCUUCCGCCUUUGCCCAUCCCAAGCGCAUGCCCCAAACAUUCCCCAAGUCGACCCCAACCUCUGGAUAAUCCACUAUGGACCGGCCGAAAAGAACGACAGGGUACCCGUUAACCAUAUCGGUAUCCCGCCGAUGAUGCAGCCCAUUCUCGGCUUCCGUCAACACUUGUUCCAGAUGGGACAAAUCGUUCGAAAGGAGUUCAUGCUGUCGGAUCGGGUCAACUGGCCGCAGAUUCCCUUCCCCCAGCGCGGCCAGUCGAUGUAUGCGCCGCCAAUGCCGCAACGUCACGUCCCUCAAACCAUGGCUUAUCCCCCACACGCCGCCCCGACAAUUGGGCCCACGCCCAAGAGAAGGGGAGGGCAUACUCCUGGGGGCCAGCAGGGCCAGAUAAUGGGAGCGCCUUACAGCGCUGAGGCAGCGUUUGAUGACGAGGAGGAUGUUUCUCGUGGCGACAUGUUCGAUCAUCUCAGCCCGCGCGAAAUAAGCAUGGCUCGGUAUCAGCAAAAUCACGAAUGGAUGGAGGAGAUUCUGUCAUCGCCCUACCGUAUUAACCAGAUUGAGGCUUCGGAUCUAGGGUUAGGACGGAAAGGGGAGCUCUCCUCACUUACGGAGGGCAUUUUCGAGGCCCAAGGUGCCGAUGCAUUGGUCUCCGGGCCGAAGAAACCGUACACUGGCCAGCUCGACCCCGGCCUGGCGGACGAGUUCCGCAAGCGAGUGACGCAGCGAAACGACGCUAUGAGGGCCGAGAUUGAUGAGAUGAAGGCGCAGCAUGCUAAAUUGCUCGCAAGGUUCAAAGGUAACGCCGCUAUCAAGCAUGCGGAGCAAGAGCUGCGUGCGGCUACGCAGGGCACAGGCACCGAGUUGUGGCGGCUCGAGGGAAGGCUGAAGGAUGAUGAGGAAGAUGGCGUCCACUGGAAUCAGAAACCCUCGAGAACGCUUGAGGAGAUCGUAGCCAGUGUUGAGGAACUGGUUGGCAAGCGCGCCGUGGUCGUCAGCGACGUCCACCGUGUUCAGGACGGCGGCUAUCAGCCGCCGGCCCCUGAGCCAGAACUCAUGCAACCGCAGCCGCAAGUGCCUGGAGGCGCUAAUCUCUCAGGCGUCAUGUCUCGACAGCCAUCGCACGCCGGGUCCGGCAUGCUGAUGAUGGGUGACUCGGACAUUGACAUGGGCGGCACGGCAGCUGGUCUCCUCAAUGACAUGCACACCGGCUUCUCGUCCACCUCAACACCCAUUAACAACUUCCCAACCCCGCAGCCUCACCUGUCCGCUAUCCCCUCCACCGUGGCAACUCCCACAAACCUCAAUGUCCCCUCGCCAGCCCAAGCACUGCCUUCACAAACCUCUGCGCCAGGUCAACAAGACGUCCCAACGGGCGAGACAGAAUCGUCCAAAGACGGCACCACCGCACCCGACCAGGGCACCGGGAGCGGGGACUGGGUCGUCGUUCCCAAGGAUGACACUAUCCCGCCGUCUGCCAUUGCGACAACGCAGCCCCUAACGACCACAGGCGCCGCCGUGCCAUCGACUAGCAAGCCCGCCUCAGCAGCGGCCACGCCCGGCGCCGGUCUCGACAACGAUUUCAGUUCGCUCGGGGAUCUGGACACGGCCGGCGACGCGCUGGCGAGCUAUGACCCGCCCAGUGGCGACGAGCUGAAUAUGGACAUGGAGGACUCGGCGUUCGGAGACGCCUUCCACGGGGUCGAGCAGGCGGGCGGGAUGCGGGGCGAUACACCUGCCGGGGAGGGGAUGUGAUUCCCAUAGCCGGCCGGGAUUGCGGAAAUUGGUGUAAGUUUGUGUUACGGUGUGUGCUUGUUUAGCUGGUUUGGCUGGUUGGCCGUCUGUAUUUCGGGUAACGGGGUCCCUGGUCCUUGGGGACUGGUCAUAGGCGUGAGUCGUAAGAUAGUCCCCAUGUAAGGGCUGGUUAUUAUAUUGCGUUCUUAUCUUGCUCCUUGGAUGGACAUGGGAAUCGUAGUUAUUCUACCUAAAACUUCGGAAAUGGGAUUGAGAACCGCCUCGUGGAGCGAAUCGAAUCCCUAUCGAGAGGGAAACACCUAUGUUGCUGACUGAUUGUCUUGCUCUACGGAGCGGGCUAUUCUUCUUACAAAACAUUCUUGUUAUCGUCGAACUCUGCAGAAGGGUGGGUAAUUCCCAGGUAGAAACUCUCUUAUGGAGUCAUAGAGAGAAAAGACAAAUAACACACUGGAAGCUUGUCUGUCCCUUACUCGGCCCUGCCCAGUUCCGAG